CUGGGACUUACUGGGAGUUGUCCCCCCUGCAAGGUGCCACCAAUGGCCGAGAGUCACCCGGAGUCACCAGGCACUGGUCUGUGGGGCCUCGUCCCCCAUCGCACUUUGUGCUCCGCCCCCCCGGCCCCAGCACCAGGUCCCUGGAGGCGGAGCUUGAGACUGAGAAGAGGCGGGGCCAAGCCCUGGAGGUGGAGCUUGAUGCUGAGAAGAGGCGGGGCCAAGCCCUGGAGGCAGAGCUUGAAGCUGAGAAGAGGCGGGGGCAAAUGUUAGAGGCGGAGCUUGAUGCUGCAAAGAGGCAGGGCCAAACAUUGGAGGCGGAGCUUGAGGCUGAGAAGAGGCGGGGUCAAGUCCUGGAGGUGGAGCUUGAGGCUGAGAGGAGGCAUGGUCAGACCCUGGAGGCGGAGCUUGAGGCUGAGAGGAGGCGUGGUCAGACCCUGGAGGCAGAGCUUGAGGCUGAGAGGAGGCGUGGUCAAACCCAGGAGGCGGAGCCUGAUGGGGGGCAGCCCCUGGAGGAGUGCCAGGCCCAGGUGCUGCUCCAGGCCCGGCUCAGCGCCCUCGGCCACAUCCUGACCCUGCAGGAGCGUGAGCUGGGCCGUGAGACACUUCUGGGGCGCUGGCGGGAGAAGGUCUUCGCCCUCCUGGUGCAGCUGCGGGUGCAGGAGGAGGCGCAGCAGGUGCUGCGGGCGCAGGUGGGGGCGCUGGGGGCGGCGGUGGCAGCGGGGACGCGCCGGGUGACGCGGCUGGAGCUGAGCCUGCGCGAGAGGGCGGCCAGCGCCGAGCUGCAGCGUCGGGACACCGAGCGCCUGGCGCAGGAGGUGAUGCGGCAGCGGGGACGGGCAGAGGCAGCUGAGGAGGCACUGGGGGGACUGGCCCGAGUGGCUGCCAGGCUGGCCGGGGUGGUGACAGCACGUGAGGCUGAGGUGACAGCAGCCACCGGGACCAUGGUCACCCUCAGCGCCCGCCUGCGCCGGGCAGGACAGCAGCUGCGCGUCCUCCAGGGGCUGGUGGCCCCAGCGGUGGCCUUGGACCGGCCAUGGUGGCAGCAGGACCCGGCGGGGGACGACCCAGUGGCCAAGGUGACAAGCAGCACCCAUCUGCUCGCGGGGACAACGGCCAGGGUCCGGCGCAGCGCGGUGGCCUUGGGGGUGGCUGAGGAGGCGACACACAGCUGGGUGACAAAGGACAAGGUGAUGCGGGAUGAGGUCACCCCCCGCGAGGACAGGACAGGGCCCCUCCCUGGCAGAGCGGCGCUGGGCUCCCUCGUGACGCAGCUGCAGGCUCUGGGCGCCGCCAUCCUUGGGGACGAUGGGGACAACGGUGACAUGGGUGACCCCCCCUGACCCCACUGCGGACCCAGGCAUCCGGGAACCGUUGACCUCCUGGAUGAGUAAGUGGGAAGCUGUCGUUGAACCUUCAUCCUACAAAAAGUAUCCACCUAGAAAGUGCAGCGAGUGUUCCCGGGAGCUUUGUUAACGCCCGGUGAGGGGGUGUUACCACCAGAGAAGAUGCGGAGAACAUCUAAAAAGACAAGAACCUUCAUGCGAUGGACAAUCCAAACCCUUCCAUGGGGAAACGUGGCAUUCCCUCGCAGAAAUGUUGACGGAUAAUCAAGGAAAUCCAAUUAGUCCAUCACGUCCCGGCUGGUUGACCUCCACCGUAACGUGGACACGGAGACUCAACGUACCCAGAAUCCACCGGUGGGACAGCGCGAACCGAGGUGUCCACCCACCCACGCGCACCCGCCUUUCGCGUAGGUGUUAGUAGGGUGUAUCCAGGAACGGGGACCAGUUUGGCACUGGUGGGACCCCCCAUGUCACCUCAUAGGUGACAGCAUCAUCCCAGUUUGGCACUGGUGGGAGCCCACGUCCCUAUGUGUCACCCAGUAGAUGACAGUGCUAUCCCAGUUUGGCUGGUGGGACCCCAUGUGUCACCCCGUAGCUGACACUGCCAUCCCAGUUUGACACUGAUGGGACCCUCAUGUCACCCCAGAAGUGACAGUCCCAUCCCAGUUUGGCACUGAUGGGACCCCCAUGUCACCCCAUAGGUGACAGUCCCAUCCUAGUUUGGCACUGGUGGGACCCUCACGUCACCCCAGAAGUGACAGUCCCAUCCCAGUUUGGCACUGGUGGGACCCUCACGUCACCCCAGAAGUGACAGUCCCAUCCCAGUUUGGCCCAGUCUGGCACUGGUGGGACCCCACAUUCCCAUGUGUUGCCCUGUAGAUGACAGUGCCAUCCCAGUUUGGCACUGGUGGGACCCCUACGUCACCCCAUGUCACCUCCCGGGUGGCAGCACCAUCCCAGUUUGGCCCAGUCACUUACUGGUUCUCCCCAUCCCAGUGACCCAACACUUUAUUUUAUUUCUUUAUACAGCUUUGCCCCUUUUUUGCACUGUUUCAGCCCAUUAAAGCUCGUGGGGUGA